UUACUGGCAACGGCGACGGCUACGGAGCAUAGUACGCAACCGUUGCCAGGCAUAUAACUAACGCAGAAGCAUACUUUUGUGUUGUGAGCGUGUGUACUUUUGUAUCUUGUUGCGUUUCUAUUUCCUUUUUCAGGACAGUUUGUUAUUUAGUGUCAUGUGGGUGUUCGUGGCUACAAAGUCUGACAGCUACUGAGCGACAGCGACAUCUCAUGUGAAAUCUCCACGACGGCAGGGGUGAUUUGACUCAUAAAAUUCUAAGCAUACUUCAACUAACCAGAGAUGGCGUACACGGUGCCACCCGGCAUGGAAUACAUGGCACAGCUUGACCAGGUGCUGGUGAAGCAAGUGGUUGAGGUGUUUGAAUUGCUCUCAGGAUGUGAGAUGAAUAACAAGUAUGUUUUGAAGAACUCAAUGGGACAAGAAUUCUUAACUGCAAGGGAAGACACAGACUGCUGCACCCGUCAGUGUUGUGGGCCCAUUCGACCUUUUGAAAUGGGUUUCUUUGACAGCCAAGAGCGAGAAGUGAUGCGCUUAUCACGCCCCUUGGCAUGUGGUGCCUGGUGCUGCCCUUGCUCCAUGAUGAGCAUUGAGAUAUCCAGUCCACCUGGAACAGUUAUAGGCAGUGUCCACCAGGAAUGGAGCAUGUGCACCCCACUGGCUGGCAAGUUCACUGUCAGGAAUGUUGGUGGUGAUGUGGUGCUUAGAAUUGAGGGACCUGUGUGUGCCAUCAGCUGUGGGAGUGAUGUUGAGUUUAAGGUGAUGAGUGAGGACAGUUCUGUGCAAGUUGGAGUAAUCACCAAGCAGUGGAGAGGGCUUUGUCAGGAAGCCUUUACUGAUGCUGAUAGCUUUGGCCUCACCUUUCCCAUAGACAUGGACGUGCGCACAAAGACUCUCCUUCUUGGUGCGCUUUUCCUCAUUGAUUUCAUGUACUUUGAGAGAGCCAAGAACAAUUAGAUAUACGUGUAUAACAGAUGUCCAUCUCUCACUGUACUGUGACCAAGUGGCAGUACUAAGGCUGAUGCUUGGAUGCAGUGACUUGGCUGAUGUGUGACUCAUAGUAUGGAAUAGAUGAUCUAUUGCACAGUGAUAAAAUCAGUUCACCUAAAUUAAUUAUAAAUACAUGUAAUAAGUUUGUAGAGCUUGUUGAUGAUAAUGUUUGAACAAAUACCUCAAGUUUAAUCUAAGUUGAGGUGUUUUCUAUUCACUGUGACCUGUUUAAGAUCACUGGUCUGGCCAUGCAGCCCUUGUUCUGUUUACAUUGUUACAACACAAAUGUCUCUUUUCAGUAACUUCCUCACCUGGGAUAGUUCUUCCCAGACCUUUACUCCCACAGUCUGGUACAGGACUUUAAACUUUACCUACAGUGACCUGUAACCUCCUGUAGCCUUCUGUAUCAGUCAUAACCCAGGCCCACUUUUAUGAUUGCUUGAGGUUGCCAACCUGUUUAUCCCAUCAACAAGGAAGGAAUCUAAAUAUCACAUGAAGCACCAUUAAGCCACUUUCACAUGGAGUGGAUGAUGCUUGUGUUUGCACCUAAAUGCAGACGCACUCGCCUCUGCAUGUCUUUUCACAAGUAAUGAAUUUAAUCUAGCCACCACCCACACACCUCAACAUAUUAUGUAUUUAUUAUGAAGUAGAGAAGAAGACUAUUUGUACACUUACCAUAGUUGUUUUUAUCUGCCUCUGAUAAACUCUUAAGUCUACAGCAUUCUAUGGUGCGUGUUCGGGAUUUGUAAUCUUCUCGUGAUUUGUCCCACAGAACUGGCCUCUCUUUCACAAUUAUCAAAAUUCCUUUUCAUAAUAAAUACAAAGGGACAGUCAUGCAUGGUCAGUUACCUUGAAAUCCAAUCGGUUACUGAAUGAGUUUCCUCUAGAGAAGUGUACUGGUUGUUGGGCUGCCUGUGAUGUGUGAAGACCAGCAAUAGACACUGUCCCCCAUAACAAUAUGUGGAUACAGACCCCACUUGUGAUCCAAGGGGUGCCCAUGAUGUAUUUCAAUCACACAUGGGUGAUUACUCGCAAUGGGUGAUGCCCGUGUUUUGUGAAUGAUUACAUUGAAAACAUCAGUAAUUAGUUUAGGCGUAUCCGUAUUUAUGUGUGGAUGCAAGUAUUGCCUAUGCCAUGUGAAAGAGAGCUUAGCUGGAAAGAAACAAUUAAUCAUGUUCUAGGAGGAGAACAUACAUACCACUUGUAUUUGUAAGGUUGUGAAAUUAUAUGAACUACCACUCUUAUGAACAACAAAGGACAAACCACCCACAUCCACAUCACUUUACAAACCUCUAGUUAAUAGUGGCAUUUGCAGUCUUCUGGAUGACAAGACCAGCACCCUAACCCUGCUAGAAUCAGGAAGACAACAAGCAACACUGCAUAACUUGUAAUUAAUAUAUUCUGGCCCCUAAGCUUAACCAUGCUUUGAGACCAGUAGCAUUUAACAUAGAAUACACAAACAAACAAACCCAACGCCAUGCCAAAGUCAGCCACAUGCUCAGCGGUCCACUCAGUGACCCCUGGUUGCCUUAGUGUUGUUUUACCUCACACUAAUGAGUCCCAGCUUCUUAAUCUCUUGUAUUUGUGCUUAACUGGUUCUCAUGUGGUCUGAGAGAGCUUUUUGUUAUCCUUGACAGGGACCUACUGACAUAGUCAAAAUAUAUUAAUAGUUACUCAACUUGGUCCACUGACUCCAAAGCAUCCUGCCUUUCUGACAUCUGUACCAGGACUAAGCUAAGAAACACCAGCUCACUCCAAUCUGUGGAUAGGAGGAGGGGAAGUGGGAUAGCUCACCCCUCUUGCAUUUCAUAAAAAGAACAACUUUGCAAAAAAAUCCUGAGCCUCUGCCCCACUAUCCUACAACACGGUGUAUGAGUUUCAAAAUUAAAUGAUAAUUGAAAGGAAGUGAAUUUGAUUAAUGAGUGAUAACUUCUUACAGCACUGUAAUCUACUAAUCAUACUAUAAGCACAUGGCUAAACAUCUCCCAGGCUCCCUCCCCUAUGUGCUCUUGGCUGCAUGUCAGUGAGGCUACAUGAGGCAAUAGACUUUUUCCUGGUUUCUUUCUAAUUCUUGAAUAAACAAAACUCUUCACUUAACAACAUCUUUACUUUGAUCCUAGUGAUAUGGAUCUUGGUGUGGGUUAUAACAGACAACACUUGCUGAAGCUGCUGGCAGAGCCCAUUUUAACAGUUGAGCAGUCUUUACUGGGGAAUUAUUUAAGGGAGUAUACUCCAACAAAACAGCUGAUAUAUCUGUGAAGAGAAUGGAUGGUAAGGAAAAGGAAUAUAAUAACUUUUGUUGAAAAUAGUAUUGCUCUACUUUUUAAGUGCCUCAGUAAUGGUAUCAGUAGUGUCAGCACAUGACCAGGCUAAUCUCACUCUAUAUCUGAAAAUUUUUUUCAUUUUACUAUUCUGUACUUCAUUACAGUGAAUACUUUUAUCUUGUUAUUCGUGAAGAGAGCCUUGUGCUGCUUGGGUAGGCAUGUGGUUGGGACUCUCCGUUGGCCUUCUUAGCCUAACAUCCUCAGGAAAUAUAGGUUAUAGUUCUCAUUGAUACUUCCUUAGAGCAUAGUGCCAAGCAUCAGCAAUCUACCAGUUGUGACAGCUGAUAGCAACUUGUUUGUGUUGUUACAAAUUGUUUUGAUCAGUAAGGUCUGUGAGCAUUUUUUUUUUACUCUGAGAGAAUGCAUAUCAGAUCCAGAACAUGUUUUUUGUCUUGUUGACAGUUUUUCAUUGACGCAUUCCCCUAAUGGAGUCUAAUAGUUUUGUGGGCCUGUUAUCAUAGUGAUUUUGAAAUCAUGAGGUCUCAUAUGAUUGAUACAGACAUUUUAUUAUGUAUUUCUACUUCUCUUACUAGAUAAUAUUGUUUUCACAGAAUUAUUUUUCUGAAGAUGCCAGUGCUGAAUGUCCUCCAGUCAACAGACCCAUUCUAAAGAUGGGUUCACAUGUGACAAUUUGUGACUUUUUUUUUUUACGUACAUAGAGUUUGCAACUCACAAUCGGUGCCUAGCGACUGCAGAAAGCAGUUGCAAAUCAAGACCAACCUGUUGGUCUUGCUAGUAGAUUUGCGACUUUAUUUACGUCGUGACAUCAUUGACUAAGUUUUGAAAAUGUGGUCUCUAGAGAUAGAGAAGAAGAGGGAAAAAGAACACAUCUGGAACCCUAGAAAUGAAUUAUACAAUAAAAAAUGCUUGUGCAAAUCAUUUGAUGAAAUAGCUGCCACUCUACAAGAGCUGUUUCUCUCAAUGCAGGGUAUUGUUGGAGAUGAGGAUUGAAGACUUGUCAGAAUUUAAUUUGAUCGCAAUUGUGUAGUCUUCUUAAGAUUAACAAUUUUCUUAUGAGAAAUGUAGACUAAUUUAGAGUGUGGUAGACACUCCUUUCUUUCCUUCUACUUAGCCAGGGACAUAUCCACAGGUAUUUUCUUUUCUGUUGCCUCUUCCGAUAUGCCAAAAGAAGAGCAACCACAGCUUCAGCAUCAUCAAUGGAGGAAGACUUCUUGGUGGGUAACUGUUUGUUUACAUUCACUUCCCGCCAAGAUGUCAAGUAGUCAAUACUUUCCAGCCACUACGUCUGAUACUUUCCAACUAGAAAGGAUGAGUCAGAAACUCUAUGUACGUAAAAAGCAGUCGCAAAUUGUCACAUGUGAACCUACCUUGAGUAACAAUAUGUAUACUAUUAUUUCACUUGACAUUUUCUUUUAGUGUUCUGGUAUGAAUGAUGUGAGAACCUGAUGAUUCAUCUAUGUUUAAUCUUACUUUGUAAAAUUUAGAACAUAAUUGUGAACAGUUGUGACUCUAUCAAAUCAAAUUCAUUUCUUGAUACUUAUUUUGACCUUAAUCUCUACUGGAUAGUUUUAUCAAAAUAUAUGGGAAAGGUUUUGACUUUUCUUUUGUGUAGCCAGUUCAUAUUUUCUUUAUCUUAAUGCCUGCAAUGAUUGAGGUCAUCUUUAAUGAGCUCUUAAAAAUCUAAAAAAAAACAAGAACAAAAAAAAUGGUUAUGUAGGAUCCAUGCACCAUCUUUAACAACAAUUUGUUUAUGUAGUUUCAUAUUAAUUUUAUGAAUUAGUUUUCUUUAUGAGUGAUUUGUCUGGAUCUCAUUGCUCUAGUUGUCUUUUUCUGCAAACAUGUACGUAUUCUAUAUGUAAAACCAAGUUUGUUGACACUGCAAUCUUAACAUUUUAUGAAGCAUUUAUGGCGUAAGUGUUUCUUAUUGAUGCAUGGUUUGUAUUAAUCUGAAUUGAUUGUUAUUCUGCAUCUUUGAGUGUAUGGUCUUAGAGGUUGUUCCUAGAUGUUUGUAAUACUAUAAGAAGCAUUUUAGAUAUGUAGAUUGACUUAGAAUAUUUUAAAGAUUUCUGACCAAAAAUAUGAAUGUACAGAUUUUUAUUCUUGAAGAAAUUUUGACAUGUUUAAGUGUUAGCUGAAAACUUUUCGGGGUGCCUUUGUUUUUUAAACAGAAAAAUCACUCUAGUCUGACUCUUAUAACAUGGUUAUGUAUUUUUUUGUUUUGCUGAGCAUCAGUCAUACAAAAGAACUUGUAUGCUAUUUAGUUUUAAUUGAUCAUAUGUUAUUGAAUAUUCCAUUAUAUUUUCUUUAGUGCAAAUUAUUUUAGUAUUUGAACUAGUACCAGUCACAGGUUUGUUAACUUCUUGCAAAAUUCAUAAUUAUUAAUUGUGUUAACGUUUGUACUGCAUUGCAUAGGGAACAAAGAGGCCACAAAAUUAUUAUGGUCCUGAUGUCAAAGGACUGUCCUUGCAUUGUUCAGGAAAGUGACUCAAACCCCCAACCAACUGCAGGCUAUUCAUGCCUAAAGAAUUAUUUCACUUUCAGAUCAAUAUUUUUAUUCUGGGGUGCCAAAGUUGGACAUAAGAUGGUGGCAGUCAAUAGUGAGAUCCUUUUUUGAGUACAUAAUAGAUAUGGUGUAAUGGUAUAAGGUGUAAUCUUUUUAUAUGUCAAUGAGCAGUAAUUGCCCACAUUCUUAAAAAAAGCAUCAAAGAAAAGAAAAACUUUGAUAACAUAUGAAGUUUAUAUUUAUGGCAUAGAGGAAGAUCACAAAAUAGUAUUAAGAUUUAACAAUUGUCAAUGUGCAGAGCCCAUAGUCUUUGUAGUACUUAUGAUCUACCCUAGCCAAUUGUCAUAGCUAACAAUUUGUGACAGUGAGUCUCGUGGCCAUCAAAAGUCAUGUAACUUAUCUAAAGGUGGGUUCACACUUGCCAAUUUGCUAUUGAAAUUUACGUAGGUAGAGUUUCUGACUCAUCCCUUCUAAUUGGGAAGUGUCACACGUAGUGCCUAGAAAGUAUCGGCUAGUUUGCCCCUUGGCAGGAAGUGAAUGUAAACAAACCCUACCAAAAUGUCUUCCUCCAGUGAUGAUGAUGAAGCUGUGGUUGUCUUCUUUUGACAUACCAGAAGAGUCAACAGAAAAAAAAUGCCUGUGAAUAUGUCCCUGGCUAAGUAGAAGGAAAGAAAGGAGUAUCUACCACACUAUAAAUUAACCUACAUUUCUCAUAAGAAAAUUAAGUUAAUCUUAGAAGACUAUGGACAAUUGCGAUCAAAUUAAAUCCUGACAAGUCUUCAAUCCUCACUUCCAACAACACCCUACAUUGAUGGAAACAUUUCUUGUAGAGUGGCAGCUAUUUCAUUGACUGAUGAUUUGCUUAAGCUUUUUUAUACCAUUUAAUGAAUUUCUGGGGUCCCUGAUGUGUUCUUUUUCUUUCACCAACUCUAACAUUUUCUUCUCUGUAUCUGGAGACCUAAUUUUCAAAGCUUACUCCGUGAUGUCAUGAUGUAAAUGAAGUCACAAAUUGACUGACAAAACCAACUUAAGUCAUUGUCUUGUUUUGCAACUGCUUUCUCCAGUCACUAGGCACUGAUUUUGAGUCGGAAGCUCUACAUACUUAACAUUUCAGUUGCAAAUUGACGUGUGAACCUGCCUUAAGUCAUUGUCUGUUGGUAAAAUAUACAUUCACAAUUUUUCAACUUUAAAUUUUUGCAUCAAAGAACAUUAUGUAUGCAUUGAGGUAUGAUAUGAGGUAUGAUCUGUAGAGGAAUGGCUGGCUGGAAGAUCUGCACAUAACCAUGGAUGGGUAAAUAACAUACAUACACAGUUUAAAAUGAUGUUUUGUAUGGUUGCUACAGUGCGUGAUAUAUUUUGAAUAAGUAGUAAUAUCUUUCAAACAAGCUGCCAUCUAUAUGGUCUAAGAUUCUUGUUCAGUAUUGUGGUGUUCUGUGAAAAUGUGAACGUACUUAAUUUAGUUUUGAAGAGCAGAUGUUUGGAUAUGUUAAAAGAUGUGGCAUGCAAAGAUAAUAGGUGAUAACUUUAAUAAAUUAGUCCACAUAUUU